CCCGUCUCGACACUUCGAUGAAGGCAGACGCCACCCCGUCCCCCCAGCUAGGAACAUGAAGGGCUUAUCGGGCGGUCGCUCCCAGCACCAGAUCCUCUCGCCCCACGGGCUAGACCAGUUCGACUACCCCCAAGACAUCCAUGGCAUGGGUCACCAUGGUGGCGCCUCCGACUCACGCCACACCUCCUACCUGCUCAGCCCCACUGAGAGCUGCCCCAUGGACUACCACCACCGCUACUCACCGCGCAGCUCCAUCCACUCAGACUGCAUGAUGAUGUCCCCCGUCAUGAUGGCGCCCUCGUCAGUCGGCGUUGGCCCCAUCGACCACGUUUCCAGCAGCACCUUCCCCAGAAUGCACUACAGCACCCAAUACUAUGACUCAGCCACGCGGGACGACUGCGCCGCCAUCACUGCCUCCGCCACCUCCCAUGCUGCUGCCACUGCCGCUUCCGUCUUGCAGUACCAAGGCAGCGGCAAGAGCAACCGCAUCCCGGCCAAUCUGCUGGACCAGUUUGAGAAGCAGCUGCCGCUGCAUCACGAUGGCUUCCACACGCUGCAGUACCAGAGGGCGUCAACCACCACCACCACGGAGCAGCGCAGCGAGAGCCCCGGACGCAUCCGCCACCUGGUCCACUCUGUCCAGAAGCUUUUCACAAAGUCCCAUUCCCUGGAGGGAUCGUCCAAGAUGAACGGCACCAAGGGUGAAGGAGGAGGAGGGGGACACCACGGCGGCUCCCAACACGGCCACCAUGGAGGCUCCCAACACGGCCACCAUGGAGGCUCCAAGCACGGCAGCAAGCGGAGCAAGAGCAAAGAGCGCAAGGCGCACCGCUCGGGGGGCGCGGGGGGCUUCUGGAGCUCUGACGACAACCUGGACAGCGACAGCACCUACCGCACGCCCAGCGUCAUGAGCCGUCACCACGGUGACUACGCCCAUGCCGCCCACUGCUACCCGGACUCCAUGCAUCACAGUCACUUUGGGGACAUGUCCCUCAAGACCUCGAAGAGCAACAACGACGUCAAGUGCUCGGCAUGCGAGAGCAUGGCCACGGCUCCGGAGGGGAAGUUUAUGAAGAGAAGUUCCUGGUCUACGCUGACUGUCAGCCAGGCCAAGGAAGCUUACAGGAAGUCCUCCCUCAACCUGGAGAAACCCAUGAUGCACACAGACCUCAAGCCCUCACCACGGGCCUGUCACUAUCUGCAGGUGCCUCAGGAUGAGUGGAGUGGAUACCCGGAGGACGGAGACAAGGACGAGGAGAUCCCAUGUCGGCGGAUGCGCAGCAGCAGCUACGUGAAAGCCAUGGGAGAGAUAGACAAUGACUCUGGUGGCGAAUCUGACGGCAGCCCCAAGUCCUCACCCCAGAAGGCCAUCCGACCCGACGCCCUCGUCCUCAAAUCAGUUAUGCAGAGGCCCCACAUAGACCCCCAAAGCCGGCUGAGGUGCGGGGCGGGACCCUGUAGCCGGCUGAGGUGCGGGGUGGGACCCUGUAGCCGGCUGAGGUGCGGGGAGGGACCCUGUAUCCGGCUGAGGUGCGGGGAGGGACCCUGUAUCCGGCUGAGGUGCGGGGAGAGACCCUGUAGCCGGCUGAGGUGCGGGAAGGGAACCUGUAGCCGGCUGAGAUGCGGGGAGAGACCCUGUAGCCAGCUGAGAUUCGGGGAGGUACCCUGCAGCUGGCUGAGCCAGAGCUACCACUUGCAAACCACCCGAGACAUGAUGCGGCCCCAUCCCAGUGUCACCCUGGACCCAGCCUUCAAUUACCCCCAACACCAUGUACCCCUGGGGCCUCAGUUCCGCUCCCGGAACCAGAGCUACAUGCGGGCGGUCAGCACCCUCAGUCAGGCCAGCUGCGUCAGCCAGGUGAGUGAGACUGAGGUCAAUGGCCAGUUUGAGUCAGUUUGCGAGUCCGUUUUUAGCGAAGUAGAAUCCCAGGCCAUGGAGGCUUUGGACCUGCCUGGCUCAUUCCGCACUCGAAGCCACAGUUACCUGCGUGCAAUUCAGGCUGGGUAUUCCCAAGACGACGACUGCUUGCCUUCAAUGACAUCCUCCACUGUCACGUCAACUCUCAGAUCCACAACAGGGAUCCAGUUUCGUCUCCCUUCUUCCUGCAGUGUGGACCGAGCCGAUCCACCUCCAGUGGUGACGCACAUGCCUAGCUAUAUGUCGAAGACUCCCCCGCCGGCACCACCUCGCUCCACCUCCAAGCCCCUCAUCUCGGUGACGGCCCAGAGCAGCACAGACUCCACUCAGGACGCCUACCACGAGGGGAGGGACCCGCGGGGGAGUGUACUGUGGGCGCCGGACUGUCUGGGCGGCUCGGGUCGAAACCUCUACAACUCCACCGACAGCCUGGACAGCGCCAAUGUGGUGACGCUGGCCAUGGAGACGGCAGGGAGCAAGCGGCACGCCUCCUCGGGUAGCCACAGCUCGGUGCAGACGUGUGACAAGGCGGUGUUGGUGUCCAAGGCUGAGGAAUACCUCAAAACGCCACGUUCCUCCAUAGGGAUACAGGUGGAGACGGCGACGGACUCGGAGUCGGAGGGUAAAGGUCUUCCUCAGUACCAUUCUGUUGGCACCCAGGUGGAGGAUAACAAACGGCAUGGCAGGUUCAAGCGCUCCAACAGUGUGACGACAGCCGUACAAGCUGACAUGGAACUAGAGGGCUUCCCCACCAUGGAGGACAAGGGACUGCAGUUUGGAGGGGGCUUAGGCUUCCGUGGGGGCCACUCAGAGCCCAGUACACCCACCCAGUACGGGGCCGUCCGCACUGUCCGCACCCAGGGUCUCUUCAGCUACCGGGAGGACUACCAGCGUUCCUCCAGCGGUCCUCCCAGUCCGCAGCCCGAGUCGUGGCUGACAGAGCCCUCUCUGGAGGGGGCUGAGACGGGCCGAGUGUCCCCCCUCCGCAGGGAUGGCAGCUGGUUCAUGCAGCUCCUCCAUAAUGAAACUAAGAGGAUGGAGGGAUGGUGUAAAGACAUGGAGAGAGAGGCGGAGGAGCAUGAUCUGUUGGAGGAGAUCCUAGGGAAAAUCCGGAGUGCGGUGGGCAGUGCACAACUCCUCAUGUCUCAAAAAUUCCAGCAGUUCUACUGGCUGUGUCAACAGAACCUGGACCCCAGCGCCAUGCCCCGCCCCACCUCUCAGGACCUGGCCGGAUUCUGGGACUUGCUGCAGCUCUCAAUUGACGACGUCACUGCCAAAUUUAAUGAACUGCAGCAGAUCAAGAGCAAUGAGUGGAGGCUCGUGGAGAGCCCAGAGAAGAAGACGCCAUUACAGGAGAGGAAGUGGCCUCCCCCGCUGCCAAAGAGACCUCCGAAGGGGCGUGGCGGCGUGGUGCGGGAGCGCUCUCUGGACCUGCAGGACCGCCAGCGGCAGGAGGCCCGGCGCCGUCUUCUGGCUGCCAAGCGGGCGGCUUCCUUCAGACAGAACUCAGCCACGGAGCGGGCGGACAGCAUCGAGAUCUACAUCCCCGAGGCCCAGACACGUCUUUGA